AGCCGCAGCGGAAGCGGUGGCUAAGCAGUACGGGAAGGAGUACACGUGGGAGCUGAAGAUGCGAGUGAUGGGAACUCCGGACAGCGACGCGGCCCGCGUCGUCAUCGACACCCUGAGGCUGCCGCUCAGCGUGGACGAGUACCUGGCCGAGCUGGACCGCUUGUAUGCGGUUUCGCUGCCCAACGCACAGCUCAUGCCCGGUGUCGAGCGCCUAGUGCAACACUUGCAGGGGCACGGUAUUCCCAUAGCCCUGACCACUAGCUCCAAGCCGCUUUCGUUCGGCAUAAAGAUGACGCACCACGGGAAAUUUCUGGCGUUGUUUCACCACGUGUUCAUAUCGGGUGGGGACCCCGAGGUCAAACGUGGCAAGCCACACCCCGACAUUUUCCUGAUUGCAGCGUCCAAGUUCGAGGAGGAUCCGGCACCCGGCAAGGUUCUGGUGUUCGAGGACACACCCGCAGGUGUGACGGCUGCCCUGGAAGCCGGCAUGCAGGUUGUGAUGGUUCCGGACCCUCACAUGGACCAAGAAAACCGGAGCCGGGCAACCCUGUGCAUCGACUCGCUGUUGGACUUCAAGCCCGAGCUGUUUGGACUGCCGCCCUUCGAGGAAGUCCCCAAGAGGAACACGGAGAAGUUGUACACCGGGGCUGCAGAGAGCGUGGCCUCAAAGUAUGGUAAAAAAUUUACCUGGGAACUCAAGCGGCGGGUGAUGGGAACGCCCGAUGCCGACGCGGCGCGCACGAUCGUCGAGGUCCUCGGCCUGCCCCUGCCGCCGGACGAGUACAUGGCGGCGGUGGACCACAUAUACGAGGAGACGUUCCCCAACGCCCAACUCAUGCCGGGCGCUGACAGACUGGUGCGCCACCUUCACGCGCACGGCGUCCCCAUGGCCAUCGCGACCAGCUCCAAGCCGGCCUCGUUUGGCCUGAAGAUGAUGCGACACCGCGAUUUCUUGGCGCUCUUCCACCACGUGGUCUGCUCGGGCGGGGACCCGGAAGUGAAGCGGGGCAAGCCACAUCCAGACAUAUUCCUCGUCGCCGCUUCCAGAUUCGACAAAAAACCAACGUCGGAAAAGGUCCUUGUGUUCGAGGACUCCGUCAUGGGCGUCACGGCUGCCCUAGCUGCCGGCAUGCAGGUCGUCAUGGUCCCCGACCCUCGCAUGGAUGAAGAGAGCAAGCGUCGCGCAACCACUUGCAUAAAUACGCUGAUGGACUUCAAGCCCGAGAUCUUCGGACUUCCACCAUUUGGGGCUGGUCCCAGCGCAGGUCCAAGCCAUUCGGGGAUCAAACGAGCUCAAACACGUCGCAAGGUCCCGGUGCCGUCCUUUAAGCCUGUGUCGCACGUGAUUUUCGAUUUGGACGGCCUGCUGUUAGACACCGAAAAGCUCUACAUGGGCGCCGCGGAGACAGUGGUCUCCCAAUAUGGCAAGAAGUUGACGUGGGAGCUGAAGCGGCGAGUGUUGAGCACGCCAGACGCCGACGUGGCGCGCAGGAUUGUCGAAUACCUCGGUCUGCCGCUCACUCCAGAGGGCUUUGUGGAAGCGAUGGAACGAAUAUACCAGGAAGUUCUCCCCAGCGCCGAACUGAUGCCAGGCGCUGACCGUAUCGUGCGCCACCUACACGUUCACGGCAUCCCCAUGGCCGUCGCGACCUUCUCCAAGCGUGCUUCGUUCGACCUCAAGAUGACGCGGCAUCAAGAUCUCCUGGCACUCUUUCACCACGUGGUCUGUUCGAGCGAAGAUCCGGAAGUAAAUCGCAGCAAGCCACAUCCAGACAUCUUCCUCAUUGCCGCAUCCAGGUUCGAUGAGAAGAUACUUUCCGAAAAGGUCCUGGUGUUCGAAAACUCUCCCAUGGGUGUCACAGCAGCCCGAGCCGCCGGCAUGCAAGUGGUCAUGGUUUCGGACACUCGCGUCGACGAAGAGAACCGGCGUCAGGCCACCAUGUGCAUCACCUCGCUGCUGGAAUUCAAGCCGGAGCUCUUUGGGCUCCCGUCUUUUCAAACUUCCCCACCGAAGAGCUGAAGCACUGACAUAAAGAUUCG